AGAGAAGAUCGAAGAAGAAAAAUCAGAACCUUGCUACAAAUAAAACCAUAGGCAAUGGAUUGCUUUGCCACCCCGCUGUACACAUUUGUUUCUCGCUCAGAUUCCACACGCAUGACGACGCUCUUUGGGUUGCUCGCUUUCGCCGGCGCCGCGCUGCUCGCCGCGGCCGGCAUGGCCAGCGGCCAGCAGCAGGGCGGCGUGUCGUCCAUCAUCAAGCAGGAGACGUUCGAUUCCAUGCUGAGCGGCCGCGGCCAGGCCGGCUGCGAGGGCGGGGCGUUCUACACCUACGACGCCUUCGUGGAGGCCGCGAGCAACUUCAGCGGCUUCGGCACCACAGGCGACGAGGAGACACGCAAGCGCGAGCUCGCCGCCUUCUUUGGGCAGACCUCCCUCGUAACACAAGGUUACUGCUGGGUGAAAGCGCGGAGCUCGACGAUUGCACGAUACUACGGACGAGGCCCCAUACAGCUGAGUUUCGACUACAAUUACUGGCGGGCCGGGGAGGCGUUGGGGCUGGACCUGCUGAAGGACCCGGACCUGGUGUCCACGGACCCUGUGGUGGCAUUCAAGACGGCCAUCUGGUUCUGGAUGACGUCGUGGCCGCCCAAGCCGUCGUGCCACGCGGCCAUGACCGGCGGCUGGACCCCGUCCGCCCAAGACCGCGAUGCCGGGUUGCUUCCCGGGUACGGCAUGACCACCAACCUCCUCACCGGCGGGACGGGGUGCGGCAAGGACCAUGGGAGCCCCGAGGCCAUGGCGCAGGUCAGCUACUACAAGAAGUACUGCGACAUCCUCCAAACGGGCUACGGUGAAGACCUGUUCUGUGGGAAGCAGAGUCUCGCACAAGCGCCGUCAGUUCCGCAGCCUCCACAAAAUUCGGGAGGACGUUCGCCUCUUUCCAGAAUUGGGCUUCUGGUCGGUGUAUCUGUCGGUUCUGUAUUGUUCUUGAUCAUUAUCGGCUCCUUGAUCUGGCUCUUUGUACGACGGCGACGGCGGAUGCAAGUUGAAACCCGCGAGGAAGCGAUGGAGCAAGGGCUGGAUGAGAGGAACUUCUUCGACGACGAUCAGGCCAUGGAAGACGAUUUCGAGAAAGGGACCGGGCCCAAGCGGUUUCGCUACAGCGACUUGGUCGUAGCCACCGACAACUUUUCUGAUGAUAAGAAGCUUGGCCAAGGAGGCUUUGGCUUGGUGUAUAAAGGAUUUCUGCACGAAUUGAACCUUCAUGUGGCUAUCAAGAGAGUUUCCAAGGGAUCCAAACAGGGGAGGAAAGAGUAUGCCUCGGAGGUAAGGGUCAUAAGGCGGCUUCGGCAUAGGAAUCUCGUGCAGCUUAUUGGUUGGUGUCAUGGAGGCGGCGAGCUUCUCCUUGUGUACGAGUUCAUGCCCAAUGGUAGCCUCGACCGGCAUCACUAUGGCGCCACGAACGCCAUGCUUUCAUGGCCAGUUAGGCAUGAGAUUGUUCUCGGGUUGGGCUCUGCACUUCUAUACCUACACCAAGACUGGGAACAAUGUGUUCUGCAUAGGGACAUCAAGCCAAGCAAUGUCAUGCUAGACGCAUCGUUCAAUGCCAAGCUCGGCGAUUUCGGGCUCGCCAGGCUCGUUGACCACGGUCAAGGGUCACUCACGACGGCGCUCGCCGGCACAAUGGGGUACAUGGACCCAGAAUGCAUGAGCACCGCGAGGACCAACACGGAGUCAGACAUCUACAGCUUUGGCGUCGUUCUCCUAGAGAUCGCGUGUGGCAGGCGGCCUAUAGUGGUGGCUGAUCAGGAGGAAGACACGAUCCACCUGACUCAAUUUGUUUGGGAUUCUUAUGGCAGGGGAAGGAUUCUGGACGCUGCCGAUGCGCGGCUAGAAGGAGAAUUCGACGUCCGAGAGAUGGAGUGUGUGAUGGUCGUCGGGCUGUGGUGUUCUCAGCUUGAUUGCAGCCUGAGACCGUCGAUUAGACAAGCUGUGAACGUGCUGAGGUUCGAGGCGCCACUGCCGGUCCUGCCUGCAAGGAUGCCGGUGGCAACUUACAUGCCGCCUGUCGAUAGACAAAGUUGUACAUCUUCGGACGUGACAGGCGGUAGCAGCAACAGCGCGGCCACCGCUCAGUCAAGAUCGACUGAAACAUCUUCCAUUCGACAGCAAACCUGAUAGAUUAGAAAUAAAAUUCCCCCCUUUUAUGUUUUUAUUUUAUUUCUAUAUAUGAAACAUUUUUUAUGGAAGAGAAAUAAGAAGAUUUAGUUCAUAUU